AUGAAUAAUUAAAAUCGAAUUCCAAAAGCAGAUCUUAAAAAAGUAGUUGAUUCUCAAUUUCAUUAUGAAAGAAGAAAGUACAUAUUUUGGGCAUUUAAUACUUCAUAUUUGGGGAUAGCUUUCUUUUAAAUUUAUUCAGAUGUAGUAAUUGAAGGUGGUGAGAAUCCUGCAUUAUGUGUUGACACUGCUUUAUUGAAUCAUGAUUUACAAUGUCCUAUAGGUUUAUAUAAGACUUUGGUUGCAUUGAUAGUUGCUCAUUUAAUUUAGAUGCUUUCAGCUACUAUUGGAUAUUUUGGUAUAGAUCAAAAAUCAAGAAAAAUUAAUAAGUCUUAUUCAAGUAUUUGAUGAAUUAUUAUUUAAGUCUUAUUGGUUGGUUCAUACAUUUAUGAUUUGAUAACAUCUUUUAUUUUGUGGUUUUCAUAUAAUACUUGGGAUGAUACUCCUUUUAGAAAUACUAAGAAUGAAUUUCUUAUGUUAUCAAUAUUUUUCCCUGCUUUAAUGGCUGUGGUUGGUUAUUUCUGUUUAAGUCAAUUUAAAAAAGCUACUUAUGAAAAUUCAUGUAAAUUUAUGUAUUUAUUAUUAUAAGAAAUGUAAUAAGCAAAAGAUGAAUUAUUAGAAAAGUAUCCAUAAAUUGCAUCAGAUGUAGUAAAAAUGUUUUUAUGAUUAUAAAGAUAACAAACAAAC